AAAAUGGAAAAAGUCUAAAAUUUCUAUUUUAUUUUGCCAAUUAUUUUUUAUAAGAUUAGAUCUAGCAAAAUGUCUGAUGACAAACUUACAAAAACUUUUGGUCAAGACAAACAGAAAUUAAUGUCUAUUUUAUCUGGAGAUUGGAUGGAAAUACCCGAAAAGUCUAGGUUUGGUAAAUGUCGAAGUGUCAUUGAGUUCGAAAAGCUGAAUCGUAUUGGAGAAGGGACUUAUGGAAUUGUUUAUUGUGCUCGUGAUACAAAAAGUGAUAAGAUUGUUGCUUUAAAAAAGAUGAGAAUGGAAAGAGAAAAAGAUGGUUUACCUAUCAGUGGACUGAGAGAAAUUAAUAUAUUGUUAAACCUAAGACAUGAAAAUAUAGUUGAAAUGAAAGAAGUGGUUGUUGGAAAAAGUUUAGAUAGUAUAUUUCUGGUAAUGGAAUAUUGUGAACAAGAUCUAGCAUCAUUAUUAGACAACAUGGCAGCUCCAUUUUCAGAAUCUCAGGUUAAAUGCAUUAUGCUUCAAUUAUUUAAAGGUUUAAGAUAUUUACACGAAAACUUCAUUAUUCACAGAGAUUUAAAAGUAUCAAAUUUAUUAAUGACAGAUAAUGGAUGUGUCAAAAUAGCUGAUUUUGGGCUGGCAAGAAAAUAUGUUAUACCUAAAAAACCAAUGUCUCCAAGAGUUGUUACAUUAUGGUAUAGAGCACCAGAAUUAUUAUUUGGUUCAGAAAAACAAUCAACUAGUAUUGAUAUAUGGUCAGCUGGUUGUAUACUUGGUGAAUUAUUAUCACAUAAAGCAUUAUUACCUGGACGUUCUGAAUUACAUCAAAUAGAUCUACUUGUUGAAAUGUUUGGCACUCCUAAUGAAACUAUAUGGCCUGAAUUUCUCACAUUACCAGCAUUAGAAAAAUUUACAUUAAGACAACAACCAUAUAACAAUAUAAGACAUACAUUUACAUGGUUAUCAGAGGCUGGUAUUCAACUGUUAAACUCUUUAUUUAUGUAUGAUCCUAGUAAGAGAUUAUCUGCAGAAGAUGCCAUAGAAAAUCCUUACUUUUCUGAAGCACCUCAUGCAUGUGAACCAGAAUUUAUGCCAUCAUUUCCACAACAUAGAUUAAAACGCAGACAAUCAGACAGAAAUAAAGAAGAACAGAAACAGCAAUUAAAUGAUUCUUUUAAAGACUUUGGAAAUUCAUCAGAUUCUUUUGCCAAGAAAAGAAAGCAGUCAUUCUGAAUCAAUAGUAGGGAAUCAGUGAAUAUUGUGUAACAUAGAAACAAUUGAUGUUGGAUAGCAUUGUGAAUGCUGUUGGAUCAGUUGACUGAGCUUGUGGACAUUUGUCACUGGGGACUCUUGGUUCAAAUUGAAACAAUUAAACCACAACUGUAUUAAUUCUGUGUCUAUGAAUAGGAUACACUUGAAUUUUGUGAAGUGAAAAGGAUUACUGAAGUUGGACAUACAAGGGCUGUAUGUUACUGGGCACAUUUUGGAAAUAAAACAGAACAGACUAUUGUGUUUCAGUGUAAUUGAAACUCGAUAACUCUAGAUAUAGAUAUUAUGUUCAUUUCACUUACACUACCCCAAUAUAGUUUACUGUACUCUUAAUUCAAAAUGAAAUUGAAAAUGUCAAAGCAAAGAAUAAAAAAUAUGAAAUU